GGGGGGUGGCGGGGCUGCUGCCUGUGAGUGACACACAAUGAGGCGAGCGGCGGCGGCGGGGCCGUGAGGGGCCGCGACCGAGCAGGCGGCCGAGGCGGCGGCAGUCGGGGAGGGGGGUGGGGGGGACGGAGCGGUGAGCGGCUUCGCUCAUAAAGCGGGAGAGAAAGUGGGGGGGAAGAGGACCCCCCCCAUCGACCGCCCAGCAGAACCGCCGCGGCGGCAGCGAGCGAGUGAGCGGGGCCCGCGGCGCUGCGCUCAGCCAUGGACAAUCAGUGCACGGUUCAAGUCAAAUUGGAGCUGGGGCACCGAGCCCAACUGCGGAAGAAGCCCACCACCGAGGGGUUCACCCAUGACUGGAUGGUGUUUGUGCGAGGCCCGGAGCAGUGUGACAUCCAGCACUUUGUGGAGAAGGUGGUCUUCAGGCUGCACGAGAGCUUCCCGAAACCCAAGCGAGUGUGCAAGGAGCCCCCGUACAAAGUGGAGGAGUCUGGCUACGCAGGCUUCAUUAUGCCCAUUGAAGUGUACUUCAGAAAUAAGGAGGAGCCGAAGAAGGUUUGUUUCACGUACGACCUGUUUUUAAACUUGGAGGGAAAUCCACCGGUGAACCACCUCCGUUGUGAGAAACUGACUUUCAACAACCCCACCAAGGAAUUCAGACGCAAGCUUAUUAAGGCUGGAGGGGUGAUGGUAAUGCCAGAGGGAGCAGAAACUGUUUCAAGGCCAAGUCCCGAUUAUCCCAUGUUGCCCACAAUCCCACUCUCUGCCUUCUCUGAUCCCAAGAAGACCAAGCCAUCCCAUGGGUCAAAGGAUGCCAACAAGGAAAGCAGCAAGGCAUCCAAGCCACACAAAGUAACCAAGGAGCACAGAGAGAGGCCAAGGAAAGACUCUGAGAGCAAAAACUCCUCCAAAGAGCUUGAAAGAGAACAAAACAAACCUUUGAAGGACUCCUCCAGAAAACCAACUGAGAACAAACUGCCUAAGGAGGAGAAGGCGCCUCCGAAAGCUGCUUUCAAGGAACCAAAACUGGCCGUGAAGGAGAGCAAACUGGAGAACACCUCUCCGAAGGGUGGGCCGCAGCCGGAGCUCAAGUCUUCCAGCAAGAGGCCCUCCAACGUGGAGUCACCAAAGCCUAGUGCCAAAAAACAAAAAAAGAGCAGCUCCAAAGGGGUGAAGAACAUUCUGGGGACGUCUCCCAGAACCUCGUCUUCCUCGUAUCCGGAGAAGAAACAAACCAAGGAGAAGAUGAAUGCCAAAGUGGAAAAGGUAAAAUCCGAAAGCGAGGCCAAGGAGAUCAAAAAGCCUGUGGAAAUGGAGGAGUCAAAUUCGGAGGAUGAGGCUUCUUUCAAGUCAGAGGGGGUUAAGUCUGUCCAGUCCAGCCCUUCCAACUCCAGCUCCAGCUCCGACUCCAGCUCUGACUCCGACUUUGAGCCGUCUCAGAACCACAGCCAAGGCCCGCUGCGCUCCAUGGUGGAGGAUCUGCAGUCGGAGGAGUCGGACGACGACGACAGCUCCUCGGGAGAGGAGGCAGCGGUCAAAGCGAACCCCGUGAGCCGGGAUUCCAGACUGAGCCUUAGUGACAGUGACAGUGACAACAGUGCAGACUCCUGCCUGCCGAGUCGAGAGCCUCCCCCUGCUCAGAAACUGCCCCCAGCAAACAAUAAGGCAUCUGGAAGAAAAAGCCCGGAGUCCUGUAACAAGCCAGAGAAGAUCCUGAAGAAGGGAACCUAUGACAAGGCCUACACUGAUGAAUUAGUGGAGCUUCACAGGCGGCUAAUGGCACUACGAGAGCGCAAUGUGCUGCAGCAGAUCGUAAAUCUCAUUGAGGAAACCGGGCAUUUUAACGUUACCAACACAACCUUUGACUUUGACCUCUUCUCCCUGGAUGAAACAACUGUUCGUAAGCUGCAGAGCUACCUGGAAGCAGUAGCGACAUGACGCUCGGCCUUCGAAGCAGGCUGCUUUUGAAACCAGAAAUCCCCGUUAAUUGGUACCAGGAAACGAACCCAUGGAACUAGGCCUUCUUAUUCUCUCGAUUCACCCGAAGCACUGCCUUAGAGAACAGCCAUGCUCUAUGAAUGCACAGCCAGCUGCACUUUCUUGUAGGCUUCAAACAAGCACCCAUAUUGCUGAGUCUGUCCUCCCUCGCUUCCUAAGUCCGCUUGGGCACGGGUCCCGAGUCGAGCACACAGAACGGUUGCGCCGAGCUGCAGCGCGGCCUGCCUGGUUUUACUUCAAGAAACUGCGUUUGAAGAACACGUGUUCAGGCCUCUCUGACAUCUGAAGAAGCGCGGGCGAUGUUUUCUUCACCAAGUCUCGGGACCAGCCCGCAGAGCGCUCCAGUGAGCCCGGUUUCCUUCAGCUCUGUGAAGAAGCGUCCGUGCCGCGUAAGCAGCGUUGGCUUUUACAAAGCUAGCCGAGAGGCUGAGGGCAGAGGAGGCUUCCGGGGCUCUUGCUGGGCCGGCGUGGAGGAAUGUGGACGGAUUCUGGUUUCGAUCGCUGGCGAGUUGCGUCGCGGCUGGACACAGAGCGCUGCUGGCGUCUGGCUCCGUUGCUGCAGGGCUUCGUUCCACGCGGGGCCUUGCUCCGCUCCCGCUCCCUGCAGGGACGGGCCGUGCUCCAUGGAGAGGCCCUGUCCGAUCUGCUGUCUCCCGCUGGGGUUUUGAGACGUCUUGUUUGUUGAUCUGAGCUCCUAAACAAAAGUCUCACUCCUUUCAGUCUGCUUUAACUGUAAUAGGACUACGAAACUGUAAGCUGUAUAUUUUAUAUAUAUAUUAUAUAUAUGUAUGUACUGUAUGUAUAAGAAGGGCCUAGUUGGGUCUUAUGAUUUUAAGGGUGUGUUUUUCUGUUCUGUUUUUUUUAAUGGCUAUGGCAGGGGAAGGGCGCUUAAUAAGAUUGACUUGUUUGUUAAAACGCCUCUUGUGGACGAUUUUCAGUGGGUGGACGCUGAACAGCAAUCUUCAAAGCGUUGUGUGCUCCGGAAGGGACUCACCUGUUGUCUUUUUUCAUUUGUCAGUGUUGAAUAACUUUGCCAAAAUACGUGAUCGGUUUUGUUCUAUGUUCUCAAAGAGGAAUCUCCUUACAGUGGCCCCUAUAGUAGUGGCUGUACUUAGGGAAAACCAAAACAAGGGAGAAUUUUAUCUUGGGACGCACCUGGACAACACUGAUGUAACACCAGGUGAGAGCAGGAUCCUUUCCUCCUCCCUCUUCCCCCUCGCACCCGUGCAAGAAGUGGCAGUAAACACUAAUCCAGAACCAUUCGUUCCUUCUAGUUAAACUAGACCUCCAGGUGUUGUCGGAAUGCUGUGUGGGUACGGGGGAAGCCCUGUAGCUCUUAUCAAAGCUGCAUUCCACCCCCGUUCCCGACCUUCAGUAUUUUUUCCGGAAGAGUUACUCCUUGUUUUCCGAUCCUCGUGUGUAAGCUUUUGCCAAAUGUUGGGUGAGCUGCUGGCAGUGAGGGGAGCAGCUCCUGAGGAGCCCUCUGCUCGCGGUGAGCUCAUGUGCGCGGGAGCCGCGUCGCUCCAGGCUUUGCUGUCCCUUCUCCAUGAUGAAAUUGCAGUUCCCUUGUUUGGGGUUCCCCCUUUCUUUAUCAUGGAAAUGUUGCAACUAAUCAACUGAAGUGGCAAUAUGAUGAUAAGCUUGUUUGAGUUGGGUCAUGUUGACCCGAUUCCCAUUAAUUUUGUCUUUGUACCAUCUUUCAUGUGUCUCGUGCGUGUGUAUAUACAUAUAUAUAUAAAAAGAAAAAUAAUCAAGCUCAUGCCAGGUGCGUACCCUAUCACGACAGCGAUCUCAGCUGUUUUCUUUCCCGAUGGACAAGGCCAAGCCUGGAUAGAAACCCUGUGUGCACGUGCACAGCGAGGAGGUGCAGGACGGCAGGAAGAGGAGCUGCGGCUGCUGGCAGUGGGAUGUGCUGCAGUGGAAGCAGCCCAUGAGCGUCCGUGGAUUGGCUUUGGGUGCGUGGGGAUGUGCGAGCUCCUCCCGGUCCCCGUUGGGGCUGUGGCACAAAGGAAGCUGCCCCAACCCCAACCUUGGUGGCACUCGCACCCCAGCGCGGGGCGGGCUCGCGACGCUGCCGUCCCUAAAGCAGUAGAGCGGUGGUGAUGGGCAGCCCAAGCCCGAGGUUUCCCAAGGGCUUUGCCUCCUCUCCCCGCUGGGGCCAUCUCCUCCCGCAGCCGUUGCGGCCGCGCUGUCCUGGCGCUGUCAGUCUUCGCACAUCAAGGUCUGAGUGGUCACGCUGCCGCCCGCGAGGCCAGGAGCACAGGGCAGGCUGCUCUGAGCCUGGGAGAGCGCGGGGCUCCUGCCCACAGCUGCGGCAUCGUCCUGUCCUGGAACCGACUUUGUCGGUGAAGUCUAAUGAGCGUUGAUGGGAAUUUUGUUCGGUUUUUAUAAGAAGUAUUUUACACAUGGAUUUUUUUAGACUCUUUAUAAUCUCCUUGAAAACCCAGAAUAGGAUUGUUUCCCCCAGCAAUAGUUCUCCUCCAUUGUGUGCACAUGCUGAUUUGUUACUAAAAGGUUUCUUGCAAGUACUUAGUUGUUCUACAGAGUUGUUGUUUUUUGGGUAUGUGGUAGCGUCGGGGACCACGGGAGGAAUGACUGCAAACAAAGGAUGGGCCAAUUCGGGCCUCAUCGUGUGUCCCCUCCUAGUUGCAUAUGAACGAGUUCCCUGUGUAGAUUCUCUAUAGGCUGGCUGGAUGCUGUUCUGAACAUGCCGUGUACAGGUAUUUGUGGAUAACGUGUUUGUUCUUGUGUCACUCUUGAGAGCAUGGAUGGAUUAUUGUUCAAUAGGAAGGAGGUGGCAGUGCUGCUGUCAGCAUUGCUUCAGGUCUUCGAGGAUGUGUAGUAGCUUGCAUUGUUUAAAAAAGGAAAAAAAAGAAAAAAAAUACCCCAAACUGACUUGUAGCCAUAACGGUUUUUCCAUGGAAAGCGGACGGAGCUCGGUUACUUCUGUGUCCUUCCCCCGGUUCCCAAAGGCACGGGCGAGUGCUGAGCAGUCUGCGGGCUUUCAGAAUUGCUUUCAAUUGAGUCGUGUUGGAGGUAAGAUCAGGACGCAGCUUUUCCUUCGUCCUUGGCCUUUGUAUUAAAGGGCAAAAGAGGGGUCAGGAGUGUUUUCCUGUUGUCUUGGUCUGGUAUGUAUUAAGCCUUGAGGCUUUGAUUACUGACAUUUGCUAUGGAAAAAGAAAAAAGGAAAGGUAGUGAGGCUGGCUGGCUCCCAGGACGCCGGCUGAGGAGCAGCGGACGCGUUGGUGACACGACUGGCUGUGCUGCGGUCGGGCUGAAUACAUGGAAGUGCAAUGACUCUGCCACCAGCUCAUCCUGCUGCGUGCGGCCGCAGCGUCAGAACGAGCAGAGAAACGGAUGCAACAACCCACAAAGAUUGUCAGAUCCUGAUGGUGUUUGAUGGUGAGAGGUCUCGGCGUCCCUUGCAGAGCUUGCCCCGUCCCGUUCUCUGCCAGCAGAGGACCCAGGCUGCUCUGGUUCUGCAGCUCUCAGCUGUCACACGCUGGAGCUUCUGUGUCCCGGCUCGGUGCUGCUUUCGUGGGGGCGUGAAAAUAGCCAUCAAAAACUGAAAGAGAUGAGUUUGCACUCCUAAAGAAAAAUGUAAGUACUUCAACUCCUAGAUGAUGUUUAAUUGUAUUUCUGCCUAGGGCCGAGGUAUUAAAUACCUUUGUCACUUGAGGAUUUUAAAAGUGGUGUUGGGAAUCGGAUUCUGCUCUCAGCUGUAAGAAGUUCAGCUGGCCCAAGACUAACUUCAAGAUGAAAAAAAAAAUACUCAUGUUUGUAAUACAUUACAGGAUUGUUUGUCCUGAAUUUUAAACCUUUUUGUUAAAUUUGUGGAACUACGGAGGAAUUUUCUAGAAAAAGUGAAAUAAAGUAAGAUGGAAAAGUAGAA